CUACGCGAAUCAAGACCGAAAAAGGAAGUUUUCCAAUCACUGACUCAACCCCAUUGUCGAAUCGUACUCAGCAGAAUAUGGAGGUACUUAUGGCAGAACGGGCCAAUCUGGUAUUUCACAAUAAAGCGAUAGACGGAACUGCCAUGAAACGACUUAUUAGUAGAUUAAUAGAUCACUUCGGAAUGGCAUAUACAUCACACAUCUUGGAUCAAGUAAAGACUUUGGGUUUUCAACAAGCUACUGCUACAUCCAUUUCAUUAGGAAUUGAUGAUCUUUUGACAAUACCCUCGAAGAGAUGGCUAGUUCAAGAUGCUGAACAACAAAGUUUUAUUUUGGAAAAACACCAUCAUUGUGGGAAUGUACACGCAGUAGAAAAAUUACGCCAAUCCAUUGAAAUAUGGUAUGCCACAAGUGAAUAUUUGCGACAAGAAAUGAAUCCUAAUUUUAGGAUGACCGACCCCUUUAAUCCAGUUCAUAUAAUGUCUUUUUCAGGAGCUAGAGGAAAUGCAUCUCAGGUACAUCAAUUAGUAGGUAUGAGAGGAUUAAUGUCGGAUCCUCAAGGACAAAUGAUUGAUUUACCCAUUCAAAGCAAUUUACGCGAAGGGCUUUCUUUAACAGAAUAUAUAAUUUCUUGCUAUGGAGCCCGUAAAGGGGUUGUGGACACUGCUGUACGAACAUCAGAUGCUGGAUAUCUCACGCGCAGACUUGUUGAAGUAGUUCAACACAUUGUUGUACGUCGAACAGAUUGUGGCACCGUCCGUGGUAUUUCUGUGAGUCCCGAGAAUGGUAUGAUGCCAGAAAGGAUUUUUAUCCAAACAUUAAUUGGUCGUGUAUUAGCUGAUGAUAUAUAUAUAGGCACUCGUUGUAUUUCCACUAGAAAUCAAGACAUUGGGAUUGGACUUGUAAAUCGAUUCAUAACCUUUCGAGCACAACCAAUAGCUAUUCGAACCCCUUUUACUUGUAGGAGUGCAUCUUGGAUCUGUCGAUUAUGUUAUGGACGGAGUCCUACUCACGGCGACCUGGUUGAAUUGGGAGAAGCUGUAGGUAUUAUUGCAGGCCAAUCGAUUGGAGAACCGGGUACUCAAUUAACAUUAAGAACUUUUCAUACCGGCGGAGUAUACGGGGGUACUGCAGAACACGUGCGAGCCCCUUCUAAUGGAAAAAUCAAAUUCAAUGAAGAUUUGGUUCAUCCGACACGUACACGCCACGGACAUCCCGCCUUUCUCUGUUCCAUAAACUUGUCUGUAACUAUUGAAAGUGAAGAUAUUCGACAUAAUGUAAAUAUUCCACCCCAAAGUUUUCUUUUAGUUCAAAACGAUCAAUAUGUAGAAUCAGAACAAGUGAUUGCUGAGAUUCGCGCAGGAACAUCUACUUUGAAUUUUAAAGAGAAAGUUCGAAAACAUAUUUAUUCUGACUCAGACGGAGAAAUGCACUGGAGCACCGAUGUGUAUCAUGCACCCGAAUUUACAUAUGGAAAUGUUCAUCUAUUACCAAAAACAAGUCAUUUAUGGAUAUUAUUAGGAGAGCCGCGCAAAUCCAGUCUAGUUUCACUUUCAAUCCACAAGGACCAAGAUCAAAUGAGUGCGCAUUCUCGUUCUGUCAAGAGAAAAUCUACUUCUAACUUCUCAGGAACGAAUGAUCCGUCAAGAGAAAAAUUCUUUACUUCGGAUUUUUCAGAUAAAAAAGAAAAUAGGAUUUCUGAUUAUUCAGACCUUAGUCGAAUUAUAGGUACCGGUCGUUGUAAUCUCGUAGAUCCGACCAUUCUCUACCAGAAUUCUGAUUUAUUUUCAAAGAGGCGAAGAAAUAGAUUCAUCAUUCCACUCCAAUCGAUUCAAAAACGCGAGAAUGAAUUAACACCCGCGGAUAUCUUGAUUGAAAUCCCCAUCAAUGGCGUUUUCCGUAGAAAUAGUAUUCUUGCUUAUUUGGACGAUCCUCGAUAUAGAAGAAAGAGUUCGGGCAUUACUAAAUAUGGGACUCUAGAAAUGCAUUCAAUCGUCAAAAAAGAGGAUUUGAUUGAGUAUCGAGGAGGUAAGGAAUUUAAGCCAAAAUACCAAAUGAAGGUAGAUCGUUUUUUUUUCAUUCCCGAGGAAGUGCAUAUAUUACCUGGAUCUUCUUCCAUAAUGGUACGGAACAAUAGUAUCAUUGGGGUGGAUACACAAAUUACUUUAAAUAUAAAAAGCCGGGUGGGCGGGUUGGUCCGAGUGGAGAGAAAAAAAAGAAUUGAACUUAAUUUUUCUGGAGAUAUCCAUUUUCCCGGAGAGACAGAUAAGAUAUCCCGACAUAGUGGCGUUUUGAUACCACCGGGAGCAGGAAAACAAAAUUCCAAGGAAUAAAAAUGGAAAAAUUGGAUCUACGUUCAACGGAUCACACCUAGUAAGAAAAAGUAUUUUGUUUUGGUUCGCCCUGUCGUCACAUAUGAAAUAACGGACGGUAUAACUUUAGGAACUUUUCCCCCGGAUCUGUUGCAGGAAAGGGAUAAUGUGAAACUUCGAGUUGUCAAUUAUAUCCUUUAUGGAAAUGGUAAACCAAUUCGAGGAAUUUAUGAUACAAAUAUUCAAUUAGUUCGGACUUGUUUAGUAUUAAAUUGGGACCAAGACAAAAGUUCUUCUAGUCAAGAAGCUCGUGCUUCUUUUGUUGAAAUAAGGGCAAACGGUUUGAUUCGACAUUUCCUAAGAAUCGACUUGCAGAAAUCCACUAUUUUAUAUAUCGGAAAAAGGAAUAACCCGCCGGGUUCAGGAUUGCUCCCGGAUAAUGGAUUAGAUUGCACCAAUAUAAAUCCGUUUUCUUCCAUUUAUUCUAAAGUAAGAAUUCAACAACUCCUUAAUCAAAAUAAUCAAAAUCAAAGAACUAUUCAUACAUUGUUGAAUAGAAAUAAGGGAUUCCAAUCGUUGAUAAUUUUGUCAUCAUCCAAUUGUUUUCGAAUGGGUCCAUUCAACGAUGUAAAAUAUCACAAUCAUAAUGCAAUAAAAGAAUCAAUUCAAAUUACAAAAGAUCCUGUAAUUCCAAUUAAGAAUUCGCCAGGGCCUUUAGGAACAGCCUUUCUAAUUGCGAAUGUUUAUUCAUUUUACCAUUUAAUAACUCAUAAUCAGAUCUUGUUAAAUAACUAUUUGCAACUUGACAAUUUAAAACAGACUUUUCAAAUAAUUAAAUUUAAAUAUUAUUUAAUCGAUGAAAAUGAAAAAAUUGAUAACCGUCCGUGCAGUAACAUUAUUUUCAAUUUGAGUGGGUAUUUUCUCCACCCCAAUUAUUGUCAAGAAAAAUCUACAAUAAUGAGUCUUGGGCAGUUUAUUUGUGAAAAUAUAUAUAUAGCCAAAAAUGCACCACACCUAAAAUUAAAAUCGGGUCAAGUUAUACUUGUUCAAGUUGACUCUGUAGUAAUACGAUCAGCUAAGCCUUAUUUGGCCACUCCAGGAGCAACUGUUCAUGGCCAUUACGGGGAAAUCCUGUACGAAGGAGAUACUUUAAUUACAUUUAUAUAUGAAAAAUCGAGAUCUGGUGAUAUAACCCAAGGGCUCCCAAAAGUAGAACAGGUGUUAGAAGUGCGUUCGAUUGAUUCAAUAUCGAUGAAUCUAGAAAAGAGGGUUGAGGGUUGGAACGAACGUAUAACAAGAAUUCUUGGAAUGCCGUGGGCAUUCUUGAUUGGUGCUGAGCUAACUAUAGUACAAAGUCGUAUCUCUUUGGUUAAUAAGAUCCAAAAGGUUUAUCGAUCCCAAGGAGUGCAGAUUCAUAAUAGGCAUAUAGAAAUUAUUGUGCGUCAAAUAACAUCAAAGGUGUUGGUUUCAGAAGAUGGAAUGUCUAGUUUUUCACCGGGAGAACUAAUUGGAUUGUUACGGGCGGAACGAAUGGGGCGCGCGCUGGAAGAAGCGGUUUGUUACCGAGCCCUCUUAUUGGGAAUAACAAGAGCGUCUCUCAAUACUCAAAGUUUUAUAUCUGAAGCAAGUUUUCAAGAAACUGCUCGGGUUUUAGCAAAAGCAGCUCUCCGGGGUCGAAUCGAUUGGUUGAAAGGCCUGAAAGAGAACGUUGUUGGGGGUAUGAUACCCGUUGGUACAGGAUUGAAAGGAUUGGUGCCUUCCUCAAAACAACACAAUAGGAGCCCUUUGGAAAUGGAAAUAAAAAACAAUCUAUUCGAGGGGGAAAUGAGAGAUAUUUUGUUUCACCACAGAAAAUUAUUUGAUUCUUUGUUUUCAAAGAAUUUCCAUGAUAGACCAAACCAAUCAUUUAUAAGAGUUAAUGAUUCUUAA